GGUUUUCCACGUUAAGAGGAAUGUGAUGAGGCUGCAGGCGGUCAGAGGCCAGUCUGAAGGUUUCAAAGACCUGUUUGUGAGCUAUGUUUGGAUGAAAACUAAAUUAAAUGAUCAUAAACCAGCAGGUCAAGAGAAAAAUAAUACAUUUUAAAAAAAAAACUCAAGGUCCACUCACUAAUUGUUUUGAGGACUUUCAACCACAUCUCACGGUCUUCGUCAGCACCUGACGUCACGGAGACGGCAGUCCUCGUCAUGUGAAGCAAACUCUGGAAUGUCUUCGUUGUGGAGCCUGAGACCAGUGCUGACAUCACUGUUUCAAGCAUCCCAGCAUGCCUCUGCCUGGACAGGUCCCAUCCUCUCCAGGACGAUGGCCACCCUCAACCAGAUGCACCGCCAGGGGAAGCCCAAACCGCCUCCUAAAUCUGUCGGCGCCACGUUCGGCCGUCCCCAGCUGAAGGCGGUGAUACUGAAGACCAUGAUCCGAAAGCCCAAGAAGCCCAACUCUGCGAACAGGAAGUGCGCUCGGGUGCGGCUGUCCAACGGGAAGGAGGCGGUGGUGUUCAUCCCCGGGGAGGGGCACAACCUGCAGGAGCACAACGUGGUGCUGGUGGAGGGCGGGAGGACGCAGGACCUGCCCGGGGUCAAACUCAAAGUGGUCAGAGGCAAAUAUGACUGUGCUCACGUGGUGAAGAAGAAGCAGUAGAGCGAGAGACGGACGCCGCCGUGACGGAAAUGUGUGUUUGUCAGUUGUUUAAUAAAUACAUGUGCUCUUAA